AGGCGCCACUGCACCAGCAUGGUCAAAUAUCAUUUUUUCAGCAAAAAAAAAAAGUUUCAAGUUUCAACCCAAGUUUCGUUUUCGUUCAAGAUCAAAAGUUUACUUGAGGAGUCGUACUUUUAGACUGUGUUUCUUAAUAAAUUGCAAUCAUGGAUACAAGUUCAAGUGCUUCGAAGAUUGUUGAAUUUGAGGAUGAAGGUGAACUUUCUGAUGAUUUAAUUGGUGAUUCAGACAAUGAAGAAGAAGAUAUUCCAAUGAUGUUCAAGCAGAGUGUUCUUAAAAAUAAGAGCAUUUUUGAAAAGCAGCUUCUUGAAUCAACUGAAAUUGAUCCCUCAGAAAUAUUUGAAAUGAAAGCAAAACAGGAAGUUGAUGGAGAAAGUAAGGAACUACUUAUGAAAAUGGACCAAGAAAUCUUGGAAUUGUUUUCUGGUGAUGAAGAUGAAGAAAACAAAUUACUCAAAUUAUCCAGCCAGAUGACUCCAUUGCCUGGAUUUGAUGGUAUAUUUAAAAAACUUGGCCAACCUGGAGAAGGAGCUUUCCCCCCUGAAGAUUCUAUUGUUACAAUCCAUUACAAUGGCUACAUCCAAGAUGAGAUUAGUAAUGAAAUCAAAUCAUUUGAUUCCACUAUACUUAGGGGGAAUCCAAAAUCAUUCAUGAGAGGCCAAGGUUCAGUGAUUGAAGGCUUAGACCUAGCAGUAGGAUCAAUGAAAGCAAAAGAAAAAUCAGAAUUCAUUUUUUGUCCGGAUCUGGCAUGGGGUGAAAAAGGUUGUCCACCACGUAUACCCGCCAAUGCAUAUGUUUAUUUCAAAAUCGAUUUGCUUGAGUGGGUUGAUUCAAGUGCUGCCGAAGCAUUUGGGAAACUUCCAAUUCAAAUGCGUAAAAAGCUCUCUUUCGAACAAGUCCUCGACGCCGCUAAAUCUGAGAAGCGUAAAGGAACUGCACAUUUUGAAAAACAGAACUUCCUCAUGGCGUUGAAAUGCUAUCGACGUGCUUUGGGUUGGGUCAUAGACCGCGGUUAUGCCGAUGAAGAGGAAGAAAUUCGCGGAGAAAAACUUUGCUUAACUCUGCAUCUAGAUUUGGCUCUGGUUUGGCUAAAAAUAAAUAAGCCAAAAAAAACUUGCAUUCAUGCUAGGGAUGCUUUGCAAAUAGAUAAGGAGAAUCCUAAAGCGUACUACAGGUUCGGUUUGGCUCUAGAAAAACUUGGUGACUUUGACGGCGCACGUCGAAACCUUUUGAAGGCUAAAAGCAUUUGCCCCAAAGAUCCCAGUAUUGCUAGGGCUUUACUCGCGUUGGACGAUAAAGUGAAGAAAGAGAGGUUUAUUGAAACCGACUUGUGUCGUAGAAUGCUUGGUGCAACAAACAUCAACGCCGGAAAUAACACUCCGGAACCCUUGGAUGAGUCCCAUAAAGUCAUCCGCCGAUUGUUGCAGGAAUUUGUCGAAAAUCCAACGGAGAGGCAGCUGGAAUUUCCACAAGGAAUUUCUCAGAAAGAACGAGCUUUCUUGGAAGCUGAAUCUAAUAAAUUAAAUUUGAAGUUUGCGAUGAAGCCGUUAAUGAAAGGCGAAAGUAUUUGUACUGUUUUCAAAUAAGUCGAUUUCUGCGUCAAGAAUAAGUAAUGAUUAACUUCAUUAUUGAAGUUAUUCUUUUCUGCAUAAGAGAUUUUGUAGGUGCUCAACCGUGAUUUUCUGUUACAUUGUGUCUUGGCCGAUUGAACAAUGUUUCAGCCAAGUGGUCUUCGGGACUAUAACCUAGAUAUUUAUGUUGAAUCUUCCAAUUUUUAGUUCCAUUUCCAUAUAAAGAAUUUUUCUGUGAACAUUCGAUGCUACUCAGAUUAUUUCGUGAUUGGUUAAACAUGUUAAUUGUGUACACGUAUUCCAGCUCUGAUUUCUUUGGAAAUAUAUUUCUCGUCUCAUGUUAAAA